AUGAAACCCAAACCGAUCCUCCCCAAAAAACAACUCCUCAUCCUCUCCAUCUGCCGCUUCGCCGAGCCCGUCGUGCUGACCUCCGUCCUCCCCUACCUCCCCGAAAUGAUCGAGCAGGUCGGCGUCCCCCGCGACCAAGUCGCCAAAUGGGUGGGGAUCACCUCCGCCGCCACCUCCCUCAGCCAAGCCGCCAUGGCCGUGCCCUGGGGAACAGCAUCCGACCACUUCGGGCGCAAGCCCAUCAUCUUACUCGGGCUAAGCUGCACGAUGGUCGUGUCUGUACUCUUCGGGUUAUCACGCACGCUGACAGCGCUGGUGAUAUCGCGCGCCUUCCUCGGCUUACUAAACGGGAACGUAGGAAUCAUCCGCACGAUGGUCGCGGAGAUGGUGCCGCAGCGGGAUCUGCAGCCUGUGGCGUUUAGUGUGAUGCCGCUUGUGUGGACGGUGGGGAGUAUCUUUGGACCUGCGUUUGGGGGUGCGCUGGCCAAGCCGGUAGAGAAGCAUCCGGGGGUGUUUGGGGGGGAUGGGUGGGUGGGGACGGUGUUGGGGAGGUAUCCGUUCUUGUUGCCGAAUUUGCUGGCGGCUGGGUUGUUUGUUGUGGGGAUUUUGACGGGAUUCUUGUUUUUGGAGGAAACCCUAUCCACGAGGAAAAACCACCGCGACUACGGCCUUCUCCUCGGUCGAGCGCUGACUCGUCUGUGUGUGUUUCCCUCACGCCGCAAGGCAACCUCCCUCAAGCGUGAGGAGGAUGAAGAAGAAGAAGAGCGGACACCUCUUCUAGGCAGAGGCAAAGACAGAGACACGCCGUCACCACCCCGACCCCGCUGGCGGGAGGUCUUCACCCCCCAGUCGAACCUCAUCCUCGUGGCGUACGCAUGCAUGUCGAUGCACACGAUGGCGUUUGACUCGCUACUACCGGUGUUCUUACACAGAGAGGUGCAGCCGCGCGAGGGGAAUCCAGACGUGCGGUUACCGUGGAAGUUUCUGGGUGGAUUUGGAGUCGACGCCCAAACAAUCGGAAUCUACUACACCCUAAUCGGCACAAUCGGCAUGUUCGUCCAAUUCCUCAUCUUCCCCCCCACCGCAAAACGGCACGGCGCGCUCGCCUGCCUGCGCAUCGCCUCCAUCAUCUUCCCCAUCCUCUACCUCAUAACGCCCUUCACAGCGCUCGUCCCGCCGUCCCUGCGGCACGCAACCGUCUUCCUCCUGAUGCUCGCCAAGCUCGCCGCCUCCAUCUUCGGCUUCCCGUGCACGACGAUCCUACUCACCAACUCAGCGAGUAGCCUGCGCGUGCUGGGCACGCUGAACGGCGUGGCGACUAGCGUCAGCGCUGUUGGGAGGGCGGUGGGGCCUGCUGCGACGGGGGCGGCCUUUUCGUAUGGUGUGCGGUGCGGGUAUAUUAUCUGUCCGUGGUGGUUGUUGGCGGCUAUUGGGGGGGUGUCUGCUUUGCCUAUUUUUUGGGUGGUGGAGCCGGAGGGGUUUGAUGAGAUGGAUGAGAGGAUCGAAUAUGAGCAGACAGACAGUGAGAGUGAGAGUGAUCGUGACUGA